AUGGAUGCUGCGAUUGGAAGAAUUGAGCAAGCGUGUCAGCAAUUUACACAUCCAGGGACUAGGCAGCAAGGCGAGAAUGAAUUAUUGGCUAUGAAUGAGGCACUGUCCCCAAAUGAGAUACCUUUGUUGACGAUUGCAGUACUUGAGAACUCGCAGGAAUAUUACGCACACUUUCAUCUCCUUACGCUGCUCAUAACCACUAUCAGCCCAAAUUCAAGUCCCGAGAUCAGUCAAUGUCUUCUCAGUUACAUUCUCAGCGAUAGAGCAGUACCAGUAUACGUUUCAGUAAAGGCGCAUUUAGCCCUCGUUAAAGCUACCAGCCUAGAAAACUUGGUCGUCAUUCUCAAUAACAUCAGACAAUCUUCACCUUCAGCAGCUGUCGGUAUAUCCCGCGCGAUCCUGGAAGAGCAAAAUAUUAAUCUUGAUGAAGACAAUGAGCUUCAAACUAAGUCAUUUGAGGACAACGUUCUUCCCGUCCUCUCAAACAUCGUAUUACACAGCCUCACCUACAGUCACGACCACAAUGUCAUCAAGUAUACCAUACCAGCAUUAGAGGCGCUUUUACUUUAUCGAAACGACCAAAAAGAUUUCAUUUACAACACUGCGACUGACUCAAUGCACAUCAGCGUCCUUAUUCAACUAGCCAGUCCUCAAGUGCUUCAUCUGAUCCUGUCUGUAAACACUUUUGACAACGAAACACUUGGUUUUAUGAUGAAGAAAGUUUUGAACGCCAUCUUCAGCAGCAGUCACCCACAAGACAAAGAUGGAUGGUCUCUCAGCCUUGUGCAUUACCUUGAAAAUGCCGAAUGUAUGGACAUUUGUACGAAGCUCUCAUGCCAUAAGUCUCUGCUCCAAUCUCGCAAUCUAAACGUUAUUCUCGAACAGAAAGGCGAGGAAUAUGUACAGAAGUUGUUCCAACUUGGAAGUGCUUCUCUAUCACAAGGAGCUGAAGCGUUUGCAGAUUUUUUGGCGUGCUGGCUAUCCAUCUUAGCCAGUUUGGAAAGUAACAGGAUCAUCAUACCAAUAGAAAUGUGCACCCUGAUAGCCAAAGGAUGGCUGGAAAAUAAAGCAUCACCCUUGGAUAAUUCACAGGAAGUUUUCGAAGAAGAAUUAGAUGACAUUGAAACAGAAAUGAAAGUCAUCUUGGAUCCUUUAGCUCAACUGAGCAGAAUGGAAUCACUGCCAAUUUUGGAUAACGUCACUGAAAAGCUGAACAUGUACAAUAUGCUUAUCGAAACGUCAGGCUUUCUGUCAGACUGCAACUACGAUAGAUUACAAACGCUAGUUUUAUUUGCCGGAUCGAUAAUAGCUGACGAGGGCAUCGGAGAAACACCAUUGAUUCCAACUCAAAUCAUAUCCAGUGAACAAACAGUUUCUGCUUUGUCAAUGCUUGUGAGAAGUUUGGCAAAAUUGACUACCUUAUUUUCAAGUGAUAUGGGUCUCUCACCUAACGUGUCUGGCAUCAUUUGGAAGUGUUUCUGGGCAAGAUAUCUGCGAACCUAUGGACUGAUAGAUUGCUUGUCGCUUCCGCCACUACAAGCGUUGAAUAAUGUAGGGUUUUACGUUGAAUUUCAAAAGGUUAUCGAACAUUCUUUACUAAAAUGGAAAUCUGAAGAGGAAGUGGUAGAAGGAUUAGCUGAUACGAUUGAAAGUCUUCCCACAUUACCUGCAUUAAUCAAUUUUGGCAGCAUAAUUGAUAUUGUCUUAUCGAACAUGCACGAUUGGCCGUACAAGCUGGACAAAAAGCUAGUUAAGAGUUGUGGAACGUACAUCAGUAAGAUGGAUAGGAAAGCUGAACAGACCAGCCAGUACAAGUCUCGUAUCUUCUAUUUCAUAAGCGUUAUGCUCAACGUAAUUGAAAAUCCAGAAUUUGGAGCCAAUUCACAGAGGCAUCCAUACAUUACUAAUGUUAAAAUGGGCUUGAAUGCUCUAGUUGGAUUAAGUGAAACGUUAGAUCCCUAUACAUAUAUAGAGACUGUCAGUUUCAUUAAAGAUGUCUUGUCGCAGUUGAUAGGAGUAGUUCAGCAGCACUACAAAGCACGCAUCGAUAUACAAAUGGAUGUUCUGUCUAUUUUCUAUUCAAUAAUACAAAAUAUGGACCUUGGUUUGGAUUACGAUGAAAGUACGUUGAGAGCAUUACCACAAACUUACGUAGCGCCUAUAUUGAAUAUGUGGUUUGAAAACUAUCUAUCUAUCAAAUACGAGACGGGCAUGGACGAUAGCGACGAGUUUAGUGAAGGUGUUGAGACCACAACUAAGAUUUUGAGAGAGCUGGCUGCUGUGGAUGGAAGUGCCAGUGAUGUUAAUAAUGAGAAAAACUUCUCUUUAUUUGUUCUCUCUUACUUAGACCCUGUCUUCAAAAUUUCACGAACAAUCAUACAGUCGAACCUUACCUUGCAAAGUGACUCAAUUGAUCUUGCAUGCACGGUAUUGAGAAGCUUUCCGCGGUCAAUAAAUUUACGCAUUAGUUCGUCUGAAGAAAACUUCUUCAACACUACUCUACUCAAUAUUCUUAACCAAGCAAUCACUUCGCAUUGGAACGCUUCAUAUACUCUUCUUGAUGGAAUGGAAAGCUUCAUCAAGCACUCAGCUGAUAGAAAACAUGGCGCAAACGUAUUAUCGCAGAUUUUGGCAAUACCUCUCAACGCUAUACUAAUGAGAUUGACCUUUUCGCGAACCCUGAAGCAACGACUAAUUAAGUUCAUUUCAACUAUGCUCAACUACGAAGAUACGAACCUUUGGUUGAACAGAGACUUGAUACUAUCGACUAUCAUUCAGAAUCUAAGAUGUCCAGAAGGCAGCAAAGCUGCACUUCAAGCCUCACUUCAAUCGGCCCUGAUGACUGGGCUUGAUUUGGCCACUUACAGAAACAUUCUCAACGAACUGAGUACACACAUCGCAAACAUGCGGCGGGUGUAA